CCUCCCCCCGGUCUCGGCCCAGCCCUCAGGGCGCCUCCUGGGGGUUCGGAGCCGCCGUCCUCGCCUCGCUCUGGGGGUGGCGGGGAGGAGGGCACCGCGCCCCGGGUCGACGGGAGGCAUCUCCCAGGCGACCGGCGCCGCAACAAGAUGGCGGACGAUAGAGAAAGGGAAGGCGCAGAUGCAGCUGUAGCAGAACAUCACAAAAAAAUUAAAGAAGCUUUUGAAGUGUUUGACCAUGAGUUAAAUAAUACUGUGGAUGUGAGAGAGAUUGGAACAAUAAUCAGAUCAUUAGGAUGCUGCCCUAGUGAAGGGGAACUGCACGAUCUGAUCGCAGAAGUAGAGGAAGAAGAACCCACCGGAUACAUUCGAUUUGAAAAAUUUCUUCCAGUGAUGACCAAAGUAUUAGUGGAGAAAAGAUACAGACCAAUUCCUGAAGAUACCCUUCUUCGAGCUUUUGAGGUAUUAGAUACAACUAAACGUGGAUUUCUUACUAAGGAAGAGCUGAUCAAGUACAUGACUGAAGAAGGUGAACCUUUUUCUCAGGAGGAAAUGGAAGAGAUGUUGUCUGCUGCAAUUGAUCCAGAAACAAAUUCAAUCCAUUACAAGGAUUAUAUUGCAAUGAUGGUGAUAGAUGAAAAUUAAAUAUUGCCAAGAUUGAAUUUCUAAUUGACAGGAUAAUCUGAAAGAUUGUUUAUCCUUGUUACGUUCACAGUUUUAUCUUAUAACUCCUACAUAUGAAAAUUAAUACCUUGUGACAGCUAGUUGAAGAUACUCUGUUUCUGAAAGAUGGUCAUAACAAUUUUAAAGAAAUGCAUUCAGUAUUGGGUUGUUGGAAAAGUCAUGAUGCACGUUAGCAUAGAAAAACAGAAAAACAUGCCAUGACUUUUCCAGCAGCCUUAUGUCUAGUCUUGUAGAGUGACAAAUUGCUAAUUAUUUUAAAAGUCUUCUCAGAACAGUUUAAGAUCAUCUAUGAUUAAUUUUUUAUAAUAAAAGCUAUACUACUUUCAAAUUA